UCCUAGAUCUGAUCUCUACAUCAUAGACGUGUUUAGGCGUUAGCCACCAGAGGAUUGUACUCCCACAUCUAGAGACACCCAGAGGUGGUCCUCAUGAGAUUAAACGUGGGGGAGAAAACAAAUUCAAGGAGAAUUUAAUUAAGCGAGGUACUGCUUUUGCUUGGGGUCAUCACACUAGCAAAGACCUUAGGGGUCUCAUGUGGGUAGACGAUAAGAAUAGAGACUAUGUUGUGGUGAGGAGAGUUUCGAACUGCUAGUACUUAGGGUUUUUUAAGAAAGGCGAUGUUCAUUAACGUGAGAUUACAUUACAUAUGGAUGUUCGCAGGGAGUUACAAGGCGUUUAUGAUUUUGUUCUCAAAGGUUAUAAUCUUUACUUCCUCUCCACACGUAAGUACAUAAGUUUCCAAUGGCGAUGCCAAGAUCAAUGAGUGAGGCUGAUGAGAAAGCAAUGUAUGGAGAUAAGGCCUUCUCAUAUAGCUUUAACAUUGGUGUUCCAACAUCAGGGGAUCCCUUGUUUCUCUAUAUCAGAGCUUACGAGCCAACCUCUUGAAAGCCUAGGAUCUUUCGCAUGUACAAGAGGGAUGCUAAAGAUCUAGACCGGGGACCUUAGAUACAUGGCUUGUUGAGGUUGAUUCUCUAGGUGAUGAGGCUUUGUUUUUUUUUAAUUUGGGUAUCACUGUGCCUGCUGACCACAGCCUUGGUAUUGAGCCAAACUCCAUCUACUUCACCCGUCACGACCGCCGUUUUAAUCACAUGAAAACGUUCAACUCCAUGCAUCAACGUAUGUGUGUACAGAACAUCAAACGCCAUUGCCAUGUUGUUUCUCCCCUCUUGAUCAUUUGUUUCAUUCUUGCUUUGUUAUUUUCAUUCCCGUGUUUAAUCUUUGUAACGUUAGCUUUCCCAUGAUGUCGCUCACUCGGUCCUUGCUUUGCACGUGGCUUGUGUUGUUUUAGAAAUUCCCACACUCUUCUUUCUUAUCCUCUUUUUCUUUUGAUGUAUAUAAUCUUUGACAUUGCUAACUAUCUCAAGACUUGUGUUCCAAAUUUUGAAACUAUCAGUCCACAUCAAAUUAUCAUACACUCGGGGUAUGCCCUAAAUACAAUUUCAAUUUAAUUUUUUUUUUAUUGUUGCACAUGAUGCCAAAAAUGACUGUGCUGGGCCGGGGUCCAUAUAUAAAGACCGUCGACUUUCCCCCUCAUCUAACCCUAAUUCGUUUUUCAUCUCAAAUUCAUCCUUGGAAACCAUGGUCAACAACUUCUCCGAUGCGGACACAGAGGUCUUCUGGGACGUGACUGACUUCCCUAUCCGUACCGAUCGCUCUUAUCUCGAGACUCUCAGAUCAGUUCUUGUCAGCAAUGGUUAUACUGGUGAGCUAAAAAUCAGGGCUUAUGGUGAGAAGAAACCGGACAAUCUGGGUGAUGGAGUCACCUUCCUACUUAAAACGGAGAAAUUUUCGAGACUUAAUAGGAUGUUAGUGGACAUUGGUCUAUGGGAAUUGGACACAACUCGCUUGUCUGCUUGUACCCCAAAAAAUGUGAUGGUAAUCGCAGAAAACAUAGACGAAGAUACAGACUUUGUCUACGUUUCUAGGAAUUUGAGAUCACCUGCUAAUAAUUGUCUCUGGGUACUGGCUGAUGAUUACGAAAAGGAGAAAAUAAAGCGUGUGAAGCUUCCUAGUGCAAGCUUUAUAUGGAUAUGGAAAGAUCUACUGGCUGGAAAAAAGCCCAUGUCCUCAGAGAAGUUAUCUUCAUUGCGUUGCAAAGCUCCCUUUGAGCGCGCCUGGGCUGAGAUUUGAUUCCAAGAAUAAUAAUGUAUCUGAACUUAAAUGUUUGAUUCCAAGAAUAAUGUGUAUCUUUAAUAUUUUUGUGUAAUAAUCUCUCAUCUGCAACAACUAUGUGGGUUCAAUUUGAUGAUUUUGCAGUUGCAACCUUUU